AUGUCUCUUGAACAAGUGGGAGAGCCCGUUCGCGGUGCGUUUGUUGCCGCCAAUGCAGCCGAAGCAUUGGUCGAUGCCGGUAUCUAUAAUGUUAUGGUGGGACAAAAGGCUGCUGGGUUUGUUGGUCAGUCAAAACCAUAUCUAGAGGCUGAUUUCGCAGUCGAAGACAAGCAAAUCCAAAGGGCAGUAGAUGCCCUAACCCACUUCCAAAUUCAAAUUCGAAAUAUGCACCAGCUCCGACUGCAUAGACCUAAUGGGAGACCGCAAUUCUCCGACAGGCACCAUAUCCCUGCGGCUCACUUCCAUCACAAUGGCAUAGCCUUGUCUCUUCAUUUGAGAUCUGUUGCCAUGCCAUGGCUUACCGAGGGCGGCUUUGCUGCCGGUCAUGGCCUUACUACCUCUACUGAACCCCAAUUACCCCCUCCCACUGGCGGCCCCGAACCGGAUUGCCAGGGGCCUACCGGACCUUGGACCAAUUUAUACCCUAUCCGGAUCCAGAAUCCGGUUGCUUUUACAGAGGGCGCUCUUUACAUGCUAGCACUGCACAUGGACAAGGAUCUCAGUAACAGCAAUUACUUGAGGCACCUUUAUGAGGAUAUCCUUUUAUCGUAUAGGCCCGAGUAUUACAGGACUCUUCAGCCCAAGUUCGAGUGGGCCUGGCAGUAUAUUAAUGACUACCGCCGCCCUGGAGGCCACGACCGAUAUGCGCCACUUCUCCGGCUUCGUGAACAUAUGAUCAUCCAUGGCGAGCUUCCAUCCGAUUUGCCUAGGUGGGAUCACUCCGGCGUACCGGGAUAUGCGCUAGUUGAUUCAGGCUGGGAUUACUACACAACUUCAAAGCUUCCUAAAGUAGGAGCACCCAAGGAAGUCUAA